AUGCAACAAGUCCGCUCUACUAGCGCUCUAGCGAGAGAGGCAGCGGGGACCAAUGAGAGCUCAUCUACUCGGAAGGCUGACGGAAUCCCAGCCACAGCCCUUCCACUUUCCGACCUGGGCAACUCUGUUGUUGGAUGGGAUAGUCAAGAUGACCCGAAGAUGCCCUUGAAUUUCUCCGCGGCUCGGAAAUGGGUGAUAGUUUGGUCUCUGGCCGCCAUUACUUUCAUGUCCCCCUUCUCGUCGUCUGUCCUAGCUCCCGCCAUAUCAUAUAUCAACCACGAUUUCCAUAACACCAAUCCGCCCGUGGGUCCAUUCCCGGUCAGUAUUUAUCUUUUGGGCUACGCUACCGGUCCCUUAUUUUUGGCACCCCUUUCCGAGAUCUUCGGUCGCGCGGGAAUACUCACCUUUUCCAACAUAUUCUUCUGCGUCUGGCACAUAGGGUGUGCUUUAUCACCAAGUCUCGGCUUCCUUGUAGCAUUUCGGUUCGCGGCCGGUAUUGGUGGUAGCGGUUGCAUGACUUUAGGAGGUGCUAUCAUCGGUGAUCUCUUUCCUAUCGAGAAACGCGGCGUAGCUCUUUCAAUAUGGGCACUUGGUCCUCUUGUCGGCCCGACGGUAGGCCCUUUGAUAGGGGCUUUCAUUGCUGGAUCUAUCGGUUGGCGUUGGUCGUUCUGGGUUGUGCUGGCUCCGUCUGCCGUUAUCACCGUUAUCCUGGCUAUAUUUCUCCCCGAGACGAAUCACAAGGUUCUCAUGCAACGAAAGGUGAAGAGCUUGGGCAGGGAAUUGGACCGAGAUGAUCUGAAGACAUGCUACGAAGCUAAUGAGUCGCGAAAGGUGUCCCAACUCAAUAUCCUCACCAUUGGCAUGUUGCGGCCGCUGAAGAUGCUGAUUUUCGCACCCAUGAUCCUCAUACAGUCCUUAUACGUCUCCUUCAUCUACGGCUCCGUCUAUUUGAUGUAUAACUCUAUCCCUCCAACCUUUGAGGCGAAAUAUGGAUGGGGUACUGGAGUCUCUGGCUUGGUCUUUAUAUCUAUCGGCCUUGGUUAUAUGGCAGGCCUCUGGGCCUUUUCCAUGCUAUCGGAUAGGACGGUGGUGCGUCUAACAAAUGCCAACGGCGGAGUGUUUAAUCCCGAAUUUCGUCUGACUAUCAUGAUAUGGUACUCCUUCCUCUGCCCGCUUGCUUUCUUUUGGUACGGAUGGUCAGCUCAGGCUCGAACGCACUGGAUUAUACCGAUUAUGGGUCUCUUUCCGCUUGGCUUCGGUGUAAUUGGCGUCUUCAUGCCUACCCAAGCCUAUAUUAUCGACGCCUACCCCUCGUAUGCUGCGUCUGGGAUUGCCGCUUUCACCGUUCUGCGCAGUGUUAUUGCGGCCUUCCUCCCCAUUUGCGGGCCGGCGCUAUUCGGUAAUCUCGGCGUCGGAUGGGGAAGUUCUGUGCUUGGCUUUGUCGGCCUGGCUAUGAUCCCUAUUCCCAUUAUCAUCUUCAAAUUCGGUGCAAGGAUCAGGGAGAAAUAUCCAGUAAGGCUCUGA